AUGACCCAUCGAUCAGACACCCACCGUGGCACUUCCCGUCGAGAACGCCGCAGUCGGGGCAGGGAGCAGACGCACCAGCAUCAUCGAGGACAACGCCAGUCGUCCGAGUCUCAAGUGCUGCAGCAGCAACUACCACAGCAACAAAUGCAGCAGCAGCAAUACACACCCAGCUAUGCGUCGAGCUCUGGGUACACAGCUGCUGGCGGCUAUGCCGGUUAUGCCGCUCCUCAAGGGGGACAAUAUGGGACGGCAGACUAUGACUCUCAAGGCCAACCCCAAGCUCCAUCCACGCCUCAAGCCCACCAGGGAAGUGCCCAAGACAGCCGGUACUCUCCGGAUCGUGACAACACCCGGGUGAGAUUCCAUGGUUACCAGGACGACCCCGAGGAUCCCGCCCUCCGGACCGAGUCGUUUGUCCAAGAAGGCCACAGACAUCGAGUGGCAUCGUCCAGAUCUUCGCAGUCCGGUCGGGACAUCCAGAGGGAGAGGGAGGAUAAUGCUAGGGACGCGAUUGCCGGCUUCUACGCCACCUACGGUGACGCAAACACCCAGUCCAGCCAUGGGCCUGCCCAAUACUAUCCGAAUCCAGACUAUCCCGACUGUGGCGAUGGUCCCAACCAUGGUGGUAGCUCUUAUGGAGGCCACUAG